AAUUACCUUAGUUAUUUUAUUUUCAAUUUUUUUAUAACUAAUUGCUUCAACAUCGUAAGUUUCACUUUCACUAUCGAAAUCGAAGUAUAAACAAAAAUAGAUAUGGCUACUGAAGACCAUUCACAUCAUUUACUAGCUUUAAUCCAAGGUAUAGCAGCAGGUGCUACAAAUGAGGAUCUAGCUAAAGGUUUGCCAAAUGUUGAAGCCUCAAAACGUGUCGAAGGCUUAAAUAAAUUACUACAACAAGGCACAAUUGAAGUAUUAAGGAAAGGUGAAAAACUUAUAUAUCGUGCUAAAGAUCCAAAGAAAGCCAUAUUGCCAAAAGAUGCUGAUAAUGAAGAGAAAAUUGUGUUUGGCAUUAUUGAAGAGGGUGGCAAUAAAGGCAUUUGGAUACGUGAUAUACGUAUACAAUCAAAUUUGAAUAUGACACAAUUAAAUAAAAUAUUAAAAAAUCUGGAAACUAAAAAAUUAAUUAAAGCUGUUAAAUCAGUAAAUGCAAGCAAAAAAAAAGUAUAUAUGCUUUACAAUCUGGAACCAGAUCGUUCAAUUACCGGAGGUGCUUGGUAUCAGGAUCAAGAUUUUGAAGCAGAAUUUGUGGAUGUCUUAAACCAACAAUGCCUGCGGUUUCUACAAAUGAAAAGAGAUAAUGCUGACAAACGUGAAGGUCCGCUAGUAUAUAAAAAUCUAACUUGCUGUACUGUUAAGGAAGUGCAUAAAUUUAUAUCAGAUUUAGGUAUAAGUAAGGUUAAUCUCGAUGAAGAUGAUUUAGAAACAAUUUUAAAAACAGUAGUCUAUGAUGGCAAAGCGGAACGGAUAUUGACGCAAGAUGGUUCUUAUAUAUAUCGUGCUGUAAAUUCCCCUUUAGCACCACCAGGUCUGGUACAAAUGCCUUGCGGUAUUUGUCCGGUAAUUAAGAAUUGUUCAAAAUGUGGAGAUGUAACACCAACAAAAUGUUUAUAUAUGAAGGAAUGGUUAGAUUAUUAAUAAUAAUGUAAUAUAUAGUAAUUCACUUAUAAAUUAGGAUAACU